CCCCUCUGGUCCCUUAUAUCAUUCCACUCGUGGUAUGAAGAUUGUGCACACGUCAGUUUUAGCUGUUUCCCUGUGAUGAACCACAUUCAAACUGCUGCAAGAUCAAGAUGGAUGGAGAGUACAGAUAUGACCCAGAUACGUUUGAAGUCACUGAUAAAAUGCUGGAGGAUUACAACCGCCUCGGUUAUAUAAUAGUCAGGGGCUUACUGGAUUCGGAAGAGAUGGCACUUUUGAAAAGGACUCUGGAGGGAUCGGACGCUAUCAUGAAAAAUGCCUAUCAGCUAGAUGACGGCCUGAAUAAAGCAGUGGGCUUAUGUAUUUGGAGCCAUCCUGGGCACGACGUUACGGGAAUGAUAAUCCGCUCAGAAAAACUGGUGCGAACAUCGGAAAAGCUGAUAGGUCGAGGUGAAGUGUACCACUACCACACAAAGAUAACUAUCAAAGAACCCAAAACAGGGGGAAGUUUCCGCUGGCAUCAGGAUUACGGGUACUGGUAUCAGAACGGGAACUUGUUUCCAGACCUGAAUACUGUCUACAUUGCCUAUGAUAAAAAUGACCCUGAAAAUGGCUGUAUGCAGAUCCUGGAGGGUUCUCACAAGGCCGGUCGUCAAGAUCACCAUCGGGUGGGAGGCCAAAACGGUAUUGAUGAAGAACGCGUACAACAUCUGGCCAAAAUGUGUCCACUGAAGUAUGUGGAGCUGGAACCAGGAGAUGCAUUGAUAUUUUGUGCCAACCUCAUUCAUAAGAGUGAUGCUAACAACAGUGACAGACGCCGGUGGUCGUUCCUUGUUUCCUAUAACGCCAAGUCAAACAACCCAGUAUACGAGCACCACCAUCCCCAGUACACGCCCCUCGAUGUGGUGCCAAAUUCUGCUAUCAAAUCCUGCACCAACUUCACCGACAUGACGGGCAAAGGUUUCCUCGAUCCCUCCAUUGACAAGACCGUCAUUGCUGACAAGACGAACCCUGUCCACUUGCAGGAAACGAGCAAAUAGAAAAGUUGGUUGGAGCUCAAAAUAUUUGCCUUCUGUUAAUGAGUUGAUAUAGGUUUAAGGGUUUAUAAUUGCCGUAUUGACCUCAUUUAUGUUGCCAAAUAAUGUAGUCAAGUUUUCCGGAGGUUUUCGCUCCAGGCUUCAUUUUGCCAUAUCAAGACUUAUUGCUCCAUCAGCGGUACAACUGUGCCUUUAAGCACUAAAUCAAUGGGUCAUUUCGGAAAGUAAUGGUUAAGUAUGCAACCUGGUUUAGGUUGAAGUGAAAUGCUCAGGCCACUGAUUUAAUACUGUGCGAAUUAUUUUAUUGUAAAAUAUUAUUAAAUCCUAUUCCCUCCAAGUAUGGUUCUAAUUACUUUUGUCUGAACUCCGACAUUCCCCAUUCAUUCACCAUAUAUUUAUCAACAAUCAAAGCUGAAUCUUUAGAAAAGGCAAAGGCCGCUUUUAAUUUGUAACAAUUUCUCCUCAAAU